AUGUCAGGCAACAAAGAAAGGAAGAGUCAAGGAAUUCCUGAAGAAGCUCUGGCUAACCAAGGCACAUCUUCAUUAACUGAUGCUGUAGAACAAGUUGCAAAGCAACAACAAUCACAAACAUCAGAAAUAGAAAAAAACAAAAAAGUUCUAUUCCAUUUGCAGAAUGAACUCCAUAAGCUUGAAAAACAAAUAGCAUCUGUCUCUGCAGAAACUAAAGAAACAGAAAGGCAGAUUUAUCAGCAAGAUGCUGCCAUAGAGCAUGCCAAACUUCAGUGUGGGAACCUGGAAACUCAAAUCAAAUCCUUACAUACAGAAAAUGUCAAGCUUAAAUUUGACAUAGAAGCAGCCCAAGAAGACUUUGAGGAACACAUGAUAAGAUAUAAUGAAUAUUAUGCAAAAAUAAAAGAGCAUAAAGACAGUUUGGGGGAGGUAGAAAGCAAAUGGUCAUUCAUGACUGCACUACGUGAAAAACGAGAUCUUGUUAAAAAACUAAAAACAACAAAAGAGGAACUUAUGCAAAAUCUCCAAAAUCCAGAAGGAAAUCGCAUAAAACAAGUACAGGAAGACAUUACAAAGUUAAAGGAUAAAAUUAUAACUAUAAAAGAAUCUAUCACUGAAAAAACUUGUUUUCUUGAAGAAGAAAAAAAGACACAUGAAAAAUUAAGAAAAGAAAUAGAGGUGCAACAUAAGAGAUAUGGUGCAAUUCUUAAGCGUUUGCAUUGUCAGGUGAACAAGCUUCAGUCAAAUAAAAGACAAUGGCAAUGGAACAUUCACCAACUGGAAAAAACUGCAGCUGAACUAAGAAAACGCAUUGGAAUGAAAGAUUAACAUGGCCAAAGGGCAAUGUAGAACACAGACUAUGCCAACAAAAAUGAUAGGACAAAAGGUUCAGAAAAUUCUUUGGGUUCUUAACCGGCAUCCACUAACAGAGGUCUGUUUUAAUAACAGAUACAUUUUCUCUUUUUUUUUUUUAAUCGGUUAAUCUGUCUGCUAAUGUGCCUUCCAGGCCUGCAAUUGAUAGCAGUAGAUAGACAAUAGGAAUGCUUACAGAAGACUAGUGGAAGAUUCUGUAUAAAUAUUUCGAGUAUGUAAGAUAUAAUUCUAUUUAUGAAUGCCUAUUUAUAAACAUGUUGCCUUCACUAUCAUAUGAAGUAAAAAUGUAGAAGAAAAGAAACACAAAGUUACAAUGAUUUAAAUUGUUAAGAUAUUUUAAAUGAUUCUGUUUCAAACUUUUU